GUUAAACCAAAACAUUUCUCUCUUUCUUCUGCGCUUUGCUUUGCUUUGCUUUGCUUUAGGGACUUCAUUCUAACACACGCUUAAACCCUUUCAUACUCUCUCUCUCUCCCUCUCUAGAUUCUUUAGUCAAUUUUGAUGUUAUUAAUCCUUCUUUCCUCCCUCUACACAACCAGUAUAACAGGAGUGUAGAGGAGUGAAAAAGACAGUCUGAUAUCAUAUGGCGGGUACCGUAAGAUCGAGCUUGCCGUCGAGGUUACGGCACCUUUUAUCCGGUGAAGGAUCAAUUGGUCCAAAUGUUAAACUCGAUUCCGAGACUCCUCCAAAAGUAAAGGCAUUUAUCGACAAGGUGAUACUGUGUCCAUUACAAGAUAUAGCAAUCCCCCUUUCAGGUUUCUCUUGGGAGUACAACAAGGGCAAUUUUCAUCAUUGGAGGCCACUGUUCCUGCAUUUUGAUACAUACUUCAAGACUUAUUUGUCUGCUAGGAAGGAUCUCCUUUUGACAGAUAAUAUCAUAGAAGAUGACAGUCCUUUCCCAAAGCAAUCAGUUCUCCAAAUUCUUCGUGUGAUGCGUAUCAUUUUAGAGAAUUGCCACAACAAGGGAUCAUUUAGUGGCUUAGAGCAUUUCAAGCUAUUACUUGCAUCAACUGAUCCCGAGGUUCUCAUUGCCACCUUGGAGACACUCUCAACAUUAGUGAAAAUAAACCCCUCAAAGCUCCAUGGAAACGGGAAACUCAUAGGAUGUGGUUCAAUAAACAGUUGUCUUUUAUCAUUAGCACAAGGAUGGGGAAGCAAGGAAGAGGGCUUAGGCCUGUAUUCAUGUGUUGUUUUAAACGAAAGAACACAGGACAAUAGUCUAUCCUUAUUUCCUUCAGACUUGCCUUCUGAUAAUGGUAAUUCCCAAAACCACGUGGGGUCCACCCUAUACUUUGAGUUGCAUGGCACAGAUACAAUUCACAUUCCAGAUCUUCAUAUGUGGAAAGAGGAUGAUCUAUCGAUAAUGAAGCUGUUGGUUGAGAAGUACAAUGUCCCAGUUGACCAUAGAUUUUUGUUGUUGACUAGGGUUAGAUAUGCUCAUGCCUUUCGUUCUUCAAGAAUAUGCAAGCUGUACAGCAAGAUAUGUCUUCUUGCUUUCAUUGUUCUUGUUCAAUCAAGCGAUUCCCAUGAUGAACUCAUGCCCUUUUUUGCAAAUGAGCCAGAAUACACAAACGAGUUGAUCAGACUUGUGAAAUCUGAAGAGACUAUAUCUCCAACUAUUCGUACACUUGCUAUGCAUGCUUUGGGAUCACAGCUGGCUGCAUAUUCAUCGUCUCAUGAGAGGGCACGUAUUCUCAACGGAUCAAACAUUGCAGGUGGCAACCGUGUGAUUCUCCUUAAUGUCCUGCAAAGGGCGACUUCGUCAUUAAACAAGUCAAGUGAUCCAUCGUCUAUUGCAUUCGUUGAAGCACUGCUACAAUUCUACUUGCUUCAAGUGAUAUCAACUUCAAGUCCUGGGAGUGUUAUACGGGGACCGGGAAUGGUUCCAACCUUUUUACCUCUUUUAGAGGAUAUGGAUCCUCUACACAUGCAUCUUGUGUGUUUAUCUGUGAAGACUCUACAAAAGCUCAUGGAUUAUAGUAACUCGGCUGUUGCCCUUUUCAGAGACUUGGGAGGGGUUGACCUUUUGACCAUCAGACUGCAGACAGAAGUGGAUAGAGUGAUUCGUUCGAGUCAUUCAACUACAGGAUAUGAUAGUUCAAUGAGCAUCGGGGAGUGUUCUCAUACAAGUGAGGAUCUGGUUUCUUCACAGAAGAGGCUCAUUAGGGUUUUAUUGAAGGCACUGGGUUGUGCUACUUAUGCUCCAGCAAACACUCAUCAGAGUGCAAAUGACGUUUCUCUCCCUGCCACUCUUGUAAUGAUUUUUCAGAAUGUGGAUAAAUUUGGAGGCGAUAUAUAUUCUUCAACUGUGACUGUGAUGUGUGAACUGAUUCACAAAGAUCCCACUUGUUAUCCUGCAUUGGAUGAAGCCGGUCUACCUGAUGCCUUUUUAUCAACAGUGACAGCUGGCAUUCUUCCUUCUUCAAAGUCUCUCACUUGUGUUCCUAACGGUCUUGCAGCUAUUUGUCUCAAUGCCAAGGGACUAGAAGCAGUCAAAGAAACUUCAGCUCUGAGAUUCUUAGUUGACGUUUUUACCCUCAAGAAAUAUGUCCUUCCAAUGAGUGAUGGUAUUGUGCCUUUGGCUAAUGCUUUUGAGGAGCUUAUGCGCCAUGUUACUUCCCUAAAACCAACCGGUGUAGAUUUGAUUAUUGAGAUUAUCAACAAAAUUGCUACAAUAGAAGACAGUAAAAGUGAAGGUACAGGGCAAAUCAAUGGGAGUGAUGUUAUGGAUGUGGACACUGAAGAGAAGGAAAAAGGAGUUAGUGAUGAGCAGUUCAUCCAAUUAUGUAUUUUUCAUGUAAUGGUGUUGGUUCAUCGAACGAUGGAAAAUGCUGAAAAUUGUCGAUUGUUUGUAGAGUUAAAUGGCAUUGAAGCAUUGUUGAAGCUUUUGUUAAGACCAAGUAUAACUCAAUCAUCCGAAGGAAUGUCCAUAGCUUUACAUAGCACAAUGGUUUUCAAAAGUUUUACCCAACAUCACUCUACUUCUUUAGCACGUGCUUUUUGUUCCUCGCUCCGGGAUUAUUUGAAGACAACUUUAGCAGGAUUUCAGGUUGUUUCAGGUUCUUUUCUGUUAGAUCCGGAAUCCACACCAGAUUCAAGAGUUUUUCCUUCUCUUUUUCUUGUUGAAUUCCUUCUGUCUCUAGCUGCCUCGAAGGACAAUAAAUGGGUUACUGCUUUACUCCAGGAAUUUGGGAAUGGUAGCAAAGAUGUUCUAGAAGAUAUCGGAAGAGUCCACCGUGAGAUUUUAUGGCAGAUUGUGUUACUUGAAGAUGCUAAGAUUGAAAUCAAGGAUGAAAAUGUUGAUGGGGAAGAAUCACAGCCUUUAGAAACCGAUGAACAAAGAUUUAAUUCAUUCAGACAGUUUCUUGAUCCUUUAAUGAGAAGGCAAAUGUCAGGAUUGAGUUCUGAAUCCCAGUUUUUUGAUUUGAUCAAUCUGUAUCGUGAUCUCACUCAUUCUUCUGGAGCUGGUCAACGAUCACAUCCCACUAGUCAACGGUCACAUCCCGCUGGAUCUUCAGACAUGAUGAGGUCACUCUCUUCACACAUCACAAAUUUGUUUCAAGAGCUAGGAAAAGCUAUGUUGCUUCCUUCUAGAAGACGAGAUGAUACAGUGACAGUUACACCUUCUUCAAGAUCAGUGGCUUCCAUGAUUGCUUCCAUUUCGCUAGAUCAUUUGAAAUUUGAAGGUCAUGUGAAGUCAGUGGUAUCCAUGUCAGCAAAGUGUUGCUACCUUGGAAAAGUUGUGGAAUUUAUCGAUGGUGUUUUACUGGAUAAACCCGACUCAUGUAAUCCUGUUCUGUUAAAUUGUUUAUAUGGUCUUGGGGUUGUUCAGUUAGUUUUGACCACAUUCAAAGCUACCACUGAGCUGAUUUUUAGGGCUCCAAUGGAGACUGAUGAGGGGGUCUUGAAGCAAACUGACGCAGAAGAAACGGUUAAUGGUCUAUUAUCCAACUAUGGUAGACUUAUGGAUCACCUUGUGACAUCAUCUUUUAUUUUGUCUCCAUCUACAAAACAUUUACUUACACAACCGCUUGUAAAUGGAGACAUUCUCUUCCCGAAAGAUCCCGAGGUUUUUGUGAAGGUUCUUCAAUCCAUGAUUCUGAAAGCUGUGCUUCCUCUAUGGACUCAUCCCCAGUUCACCGAUUGCAAUGAUGAUUUUGUUUCUACAGUGAUUUCUGUUAUCCGUCAUGUGUUUUCUGGGGUUGAAGUGAAAAAUUCUGCAUCACGUCCCUCUGUGCCUCCAAAUGAAACAACUAUAUCCAUGAUAGUUGAAAUGGGGUUUCCGAGAUCACGAGCAGAAGAGGCUUUGAGACAAGUGGGGUCCAAUAGUGUAGAGCUGGCAACAGAAUGGCUUUUCUCACAUCCUGAAAUAGUCCAAGAAGAUGAUGAACUUGCUCAAGCACUUGCUAUGUCUCUUGGUAAUUCUUCAUCUGUUGCAGUUGAUACUAAUCAGCAAAUCGAAGAGGAAACUGUACAUUUACCUGCUGUUGAUGACUUGUUGUCUACUUGUAAGAAGCUUCUAGAAACGAAGGAUUCUCUAGCAUUUUCAGUUCGGGACCUUCUUCUAAUGAUAUGUUCUCAUGAAGAUGGUCAUUACAAGUCAAAUGUUAUAACAUUUGUAGUGGAGCAGGUGAAGCUUUGUAGUGGAAAUGAUGUCAUGCUGUCAUCCCUCUUUCAUGUUCUUGCUUUGCUUCUAAACAAGGAUGAAGACUUACGUGAAGUUGCUUCUAAAAUCGGUUUAGUUAAAGUUGCUUCAGAUCUUUUGUCAAAAUGGAACUCUGGUGUACAUGAGAAUGAAACUUUGCAGGUUCCUAAAUGGGUGACAGCAGCCUUUCUUUCUGUUGAUCGCCUUGCUCAGGUGGAUGAAAAGAUGAACACUGAUAUUUCAGAGCUGUUAAAGAAAGAGGAUGCUGGUAAUGCAAUAGAUAUAGAGGAGCAAAAGAGACUUGUUGAGAUAUCCUGUGGCUAUUUGAAGAACCAUCUUCCAUCUGAAACGAUUCAGGCUGUUUUGCAGCUAUGUUCCACGCUUACAAGAACUCAUUCUGUUGCUGUUAGUUUCCUAAAUGCUGGUGGCUUGCCUUUGCUGCUAUCAUUGCCUUCAGGUAGUCUGUUUGUUGGCUUUGAUAACACUGCUGGAUCUAUCAUUCGCCAUAUUCUUGAAGACCCACAAACUCUCCAGCAAGCAAUGGAAUCUGAAAUAAAACAGAGUGUUGUUACAGCUGCCAGUCGACAAUCUAAUGGAAGACUUACACCCCGUAACUUCCUCAUGAAUCUGACAUCUGUCAUUUCAAGGGACCCCAUGAUUUUCAUGCAGGCUGCACAGUCUGUUUGCCAAAUUGAGAUGGUUGGUGAAAGACCAUAUGUUAUAUUGCUAAAAGACCGUGAUAAAGAUAAGUCCAAAGAAAAAGAAAAAGAAAAGGAAAAGGAAAAGGAAAAAACUCCAGUGAAGAUCAAAGUUCAUCGUAAACCUCCUCAGAGUUUUGUGAAUGUAAUUGAGCUGCUUUUGGCUUCUGUUAUAACUUUUACACCUCCUUUAAAAGACGAUGAUUCAUCAUCAACAGAUAUGGACAUUGAUGUUGCUUUGAACAAGGGGAAAGGGAAAGUGGUUGCUUCCACAUCUGAAAAUAAUAGCCAGGAGUAUUUUGCAUCUAUGGCGAAAGCUGUAUUCAUUUUAAAGCUCCUAACAGAAAUUCUGUUGAUGUAUAGUCCAUCUGUUCAUGUUCUGCUUCGAAGAGAUAAUGAAGUUAGCAGCGCCCAAAAGGGUGGAGUAUUUCAUCAUAUUCUUCAUCAAUUUCUUCCUUACUUGAAAAAUAAUAAAAAGGAGAAGAAGACAGAUGUUGACUGGAGGCAUAAACUUGCGGUCAAAGCUAGUCAAUUUUUAGUAGCUUCUUGUGUGCGUUCUGUAGAGGCAAGGAAGAGAAUCUUUGUGGAGAUUAAUAAUGUUUUUAUUGAUUUCUAUAAUUCUUCUGAGGUUCCUCGACCCCCAGGUCAGAAUAUCCAAGCUUUUGUUGAUUUGCUGAAUGAUGUGCUGGCUGCUCGCUCGCCUACAGGUUCUUUAAUUUCUGGAGAAGCUUCUGUUACUUUUAUUGAUGUUGGUCUGGUUAAGUCACUUACACAAACCCUAAAAGUCAUGGACUUGGAUCAUGUUGAUUCACUCAAGGUUGCUCCUGUGGUGGUUAAGGUUCUAGAAGUGGUUACAAAAGAACAUGUCCAUGCUGCCGAGGGUAAUUCUGGAAAAGGUGAUAAUGCAACAAAACCUCCUGAUCAUACUGAACAUGAGCAAACUGAAAAUGAAAAUAUCGUAAGUUCUGGCCCCACUGAACGCAUUGAGACUUAUCGUGGAUCUGAAGCUGUUAUAGAUGACAUGGAACAUGAUCAGGAUAUUGAUGGAAGUUUUGCUCCCCCAAAUGAAGAUGAUUACAUGCAUGAAACUUCUGAGAAUAAUAUUAGGGCGCUUGAAAAUGGUUUUGAUUCUGUUGGAAUAAGGUUUGAAAUCCAAGAUGACAAUCAAGAGAGUAACGAAGAUGACGAUGAAGAUAUGUCAGGGGAUGAAGGAGAUGAAGUUGAUGACGAUGAUGAUGAAGAAGAAGAUGGAGAGGAAGAUGAAGAUGAAGAUGAAAACAAUGAUCUCGAAGAAGAUGAAGAAGUCCAUCACUUGCCGCAUCUUGACACGGAUCAAGAUGAACAUGAACAUGAAGUUGAUGAAGAUGAUUUUGAUGAGGACAUGAUUGAGGAAGAAGAAGAAGACGAAGAUGAUGAUGAUGAAGAAGACGAUGAUGAUGGUGGAGUGAUAUUAGGACUUGGUGAGGAAAUGAAUGGGAUGAAUGUAUUGGACCAAAUUGAGGUAUUUGGAAGAGACCAUGGUUUUUCCAAUGAUGCCCUCCAAGUGAUGCCUGUUGAGGUUUUUGGUUCUAGACGUCAAGGGCGUACAACGUCCAUUUACAAUCUUCUUGGGAGGACACAUGACACUGCUGGGCCCUCUCAGCAUCCACUCCUCUUGGAGCCUUCUUCAUCUCAUGAUGGGCUUACUGACAGAAAUCCAGAGUCAACCUCAUCCAGAUUGGAAUCAGUAUUCCGGUCUUUAAGGAAUGGGCGCCAUGGACAUUCACAUCGUCUAAGCAUGUGGGCUUAUAACCAGCAAAGUGGUGGAACAAAUUCAUCUGUUAUUCCCUCAGGCCUUGAAGAUUUAUUGGUUUCUCAAUUGAGUCCCCCAAGUCCUGAAAAGCCACCGGAGGUUGAAACUAACGAACCUGAACCCACUACUGACAACAACGGUGUUGGCGAUUCCAUUCCUCCUGAAGGUACUGGUACUGAAAACAAUGAAUCUCAAAGAGACAUAUGUCCAUCUGUUGAAGGUGUGAGCCAAGAAAGCAGUGAAAGUGGAGCCACGUUAGGAGAAAGUCUUCAGAGCCUGAAUGUUGAAAUUGGAAGUGAUGAUGGUGGUGGUGAGAGGCAACCAAGAACAAAUGGGAAUAUGACAUCACUUGAUAGUGUAACUGAGGUUUCAGAAAACCCAAGUCAAGAAACAGAACAACAAGAUCAAGAUGCACGGAUUGACCCUGCGUUCCUGGAUGCACUUCCUGAUGGGUUGCGUGCUGAGGUUCUUUCUGGUCGCCAGGGUCCAGUGGCACAACCCGUAAAUACUGAACCACAAAAUGGAGGGGACAAUGUCAAUGUCAAUGGAAAUGACAAUGAAAUUGACCCUGAAUUCCUUGCAGCACUCCCGCCAGAUAUUCGGGCAGAAGUUUUAGCACAACAACAGGCACAAGGGGCACAACGGUCACACGGAUUGGAAGGUCAACCCGAGGAGAUGGAUACCGUAUCAAUAAUCGCUACUUUCCCUUCAGAAAUACGGGAAGAGGUUCUUUUAACAUCGUCGGAAGCUGUUCUUUCCAAUCUUACACCUGCUCUUGUGGCGGAGGCAAACAUGUUGAGAGAGAGGUUUGCUGGCCGCUUCAAUCGGACACUUUUCGGAAGUAAGCCUAUUGAAACUGAUGGAGCUCCUUUAGUUGACACGGGUGAUCUCAAAGCAAUGAUUCGGUUGCUUCGAGUAGUUCAGCCAAUAUACAAACCUCAGCUACAAAGACUGCUCUUGAAUUUAUGUGCUCAUGCGUACACUAGAUCUGAUGUGGUAAAAAUAUUAAUGGACUUUUUGGUCCUUGAUACAAGAAAGCCCAAUAGUGGUUCAAAUGCUUCUGAGCCUUCAUUUCGGCUUUAUUCUUGCCAGAGUCAUCUCAUGUAUUCUCGCCCUCAAAGUUUUGAUGGUGUACCACCGUUGGUGUCGCGGCGUGUUCUAGAAACCCUAACAUACCUAGCCAAGAAUCAUAAGUUUGUUGCCAAACUGUUGCUUCAGUUUAGAAUCCUUCCAGAAGCUUCCGAGGGGUCACAAACUCUUGAUAAGGCUCGUGGUAAAGCUGUCAUGAUUGUUCAAGAUGAUGAAACAGAAGGUUUCUUGUCCAUCACAUUGUUGUUGAGCCUCUUAAAACAGCCACUUUAUUUGAGAAGUAUUGCACAUCUUGAGCAGCUGUUAAACUUAUUAGAUGUCAUCAUUGAUAAUGCUGAAAGUAAGAAAGAAUCUGAUCCUAAAUCAUCAAAGGAUGAUGAUGAUGCCUCUAAACCCUCAUCAUCUGGUGCUAAUCAAGAAAAAGAAUCUCAUGAUAUUCUGCUAAACUUACCACAAGCAGAACUUCGCCUUCUCUGCUCGUUGCUUGCACGUGAAAGUUUAUCGGACAAUGUUUAUACUCUUGUGGCUGAUAUAUUGAAGAAGUUGGUUGCUAUUGCUCCUCAUCAUUCUCAUUUGUUCAUAACCGAGCUAGCUGGCUCCAUGAAGAACCUGACUUCAUUAGCAAUCAAUGAGUUACAUCUGUUUAGUGAAAUCGAAAAAGCACUGAUCAAUAAUGCCUCCUCUACUUCAGAUGGAACAGCAAUCUUAAGGGUUAUACAAGCAUUAAGCUCCCUUGUUUCUUCACUUAAUCAAGAAAAAGAACACACAGUUGUUGAAAAAGAGCAAGCUUCUACCCUUUCACUAGUAAACGACAUAAACACCGCUUUAGAGCCAUUAUGGAUGGAAUUGAGUGCCUGUAUAAGCAAAAUCGAGACUUAUACUGAUACUACCCCUGAUGAAUCAAUACCCUUAACCUCAAAACCUUCCGGAACAUUACCCCCGGGCACUCAAAACAUCUUGCCAUACAUCGAAUCUUUCUUUGUGACAUGUGAGAAGUUGCAUUUUGGGCAACCAGAGGCGGGUGAUGAUGUCAGCACUUCCGGGAAACUUGAUGAAAAGAAUGUGGCUUUUAUGAAAUUCUCAGAAAAACAUAGGAAACUUUUGAACGCUUUUAUCCGACAAAACCCGGGAUUACUUGAGAAAUCGUUUUCGGUGAUAUUGCGGGUCCCACGUUUUAUUGAUUUUGAUAAUAAGCGGGCACAUUUCAGAUCAAAAAUCAAGCACCAAAACGAUCAUCACCAUCAUCAUCAUAGUUCUUUGAGAAUCUCCGUUAGAAGGGCAUACAUUCUUGAAGAUUCGUAUAAUCAGUUGCGAAUGAGGUCAACGCAAGAUCUGAAAGGAAGGUUGACUGUUCAUUUUCAAGGGGAAGAAGGUAUUGAUGCAGGUGGGCUUACCAGGGAAUGGUAUCAGUUGUUAUCGAGGGUUAUUUUUGACAAGGGAGCUUUGCUGUUUACAACUGUUGGUAAUGAGUCAACGUUUCAGCCAAAUCCAAAUUCUGUUUAUCAGACAGAACAUCUCUCAUACUUCAAAUUCAUUGGAAGAGUUGUUGGGAAAGCAGUUUUUGAUGGGCAGUUGCUUGAUGUUCAUUUCACAAGAUCUUUCUAUAAGCAUAUGCUUGGAGUAAAAGUAACCUACCAUGACAUUGAAGCUAUCGAUCCAGGUUACUUCAAAAACUUGAAGUGGAUGCUUGAGAACAAUAUCAAUGAUAUUUUAGAUCUAACAUUUAGUAUCGAUGCGGAUGAAGAGAAGCUCAUCUUAUGUGAAAAAACAGAAGUAACGGACUAUGAACUGAUCCCUGGUGGAAGAAACAUUCGAGUUACAGACGAAAACAAACAUGAAUAUGUUGACUUAAUUGUUGAGCAUCGGUUGACCACUGCUAUUCGUCCCCAAAUAAAUGCAUUUUUGGAGGGUUUUAAUGAAUUGGUCCCUCGGGAUUUCAUAUCCAUCUUUCAUGAUAAGGAAUUGGAGCUGUUAAUUAGUGGACUUCCAGAUAUCGACUUGGAUGAUAUGAGGGGGAAUACAGAGUAUUCUGGAUACAGUGUUGCAUCUCCUGUUAUUCAGUGGUUUUGGGAAGUUGCUCAAGCUUUAAGUAAAGAAGACAAGGCUCGUUUAUUGCAGUUUGUCACUGGCACUUCAAAGGUGCCUUUAGAAGGGUUUAGUGGUUUGCAAGGUAUUUCUGGAUCCCAGAAGUUUCAAAUUCACAAGGCUUAUGGAAGCACUGACCGUUUGCCUUCUGCUCAUACAUGUUUCAACCAGUUGGAUCUACCGGAAUAUCCGUCAAAGCAGCAUCUGGAAGAGAGACUGUUGCUAGCAAUCCAUGAAGCCAAUGAAGGAUUUGGUUUCGGUUAACAUUUAUUAUUAUUUAUAAUAACUUAAAUCAUAUCAAAACUCAUGACUCAGUAAUGAAUGUAUAUAAUAUAACUCUACAAACAUCAAUUGGACA